UUAUUUCAACUUCCUACAUCAAAAACCAUUACUCCACAAAAAUGGAGAGAAAUCCAUCCAUGUCCCUCAUCCUCUUCCCCUCCUUCCUCCUCCUUCUCCUCUUCCUCCCCUCCUUAACCUUCUCUCUUUCUCCACCACCACGCCGACACCACUGCCACCCCGACGACGAAAAAGUCCUCCUCAAAAUCAAAGACCAUUUCCACAAUACAAGCCUCUUCUCAACCUGGACUCCAAAAACAGAUUGUUGCAAAUGGCGCAUAGUCUUAUGCAAGAAAAUCCCAAAAACAACAAUCUACCGUGUCAACUUCCUCGAGAUCGACGGUGCUGAUGACCUCGUCGGUACGAUCCCCCCACUCAUUGCUGACCUACCAUACCUGGAGACCCUCAUAUUCCGCAACCUCCCUAACCUCACCGGUCCUAUCCCUCAAGCCAUUGCGAAACUUCCUCACCUUAACUUUGUCCUCCUUAACUGGAACAGCCUAACCGGUCCUAUCCCUGAUUACUUUAGCAAGCUCACCAAUUUAGCCACUUUAGGGCUUAAUAACAACCAUUUAACCGGUCGGGUUCCGGCUUACCUCGGCCGCCUUCCUAAGCUUGUAGGCCUAGAUGUGAGCCACAACCAGCUUUGUGGUCCUAUACCAAAGGAUGGAGGGAAGUUGCAAGGGUUUGAUCCGUCGUGGUUUGAGAAUAAUAAGUGUUUAUGUGGUGCUCCCUUGGCCCCUUGCAAGACCUAGUUAACUAAAGGGAUGCAUGCUUAAUAAAUGGACUUCAUGUAUUAUUGUGCUCUUGUUUAUGCAUGGAGUUAAGAGAAAUGCAAUCUAAUUAUAAUUAGUAUGGAUAGUCUAUGUUUUAAGUACGUUCUCAUCUUCUUAAGUAUUAUUACAUGCGUGAAUGAAACUUCUUGAUCAGUCCAUAACCAA